AUGUCUUCCGCCAAAACUGGAAAGAAGAGCCGCUCGGCCAUCGCCGACGUCGUGUCGCGCGAGUACACCAUCCAUCUCCACAAAAGAGUCCAUGGUGUCUCCUUCAAAAAGCGGGCGCCCAGAGCUAUCAAGGAAAUCCGCGCCUUUGCUGAGCAGGCUAUGGGCACCAAAGACGUCCGUCUCGAUCCCCAACUGAACAAGAAGGUCUGGGAAUCCGGAAUCAAGGGCGUCCCAUUCCGCCUCCGCGUGCGUAUCAGCCGCAAGCGUAAUGACGAGGAGGGCGCCAAGGAAAAGCUGUACUCUUUCGUGCAAGCUGUCAAUGUCAAGGAACCAAAGGGUCUGCAGACAUCCGUCAAUGACGAUGCUUAG